AUGAGUUCUGACCAUUCUAAACAAUAUGCGGAUUUUAUAGGGGCGCUUGAAAAGCUCUUCCACAUAAAAUCUAAUGAACCUAUCGAAGAUAUGUGCAGUAUAAUUACAAAUACUUUGAUUUCGAAGUAUCAACUUUCAAUCAAGCAACUUACAAAGUUAAUUCAUGAGGCAAUUAGAUACAAUUAUGCAUCCGGAGCGAAUUACGUCAAAAUACUCGAACAGAUCGGGGCUGAUCUCACCGAAGUAUCGUAUUAA